AUGGAUGCUGACAGGAGACUCCUGGGUCAGAGACAAGACUUUAUUACAGCAAAAGUAGUAGCCAGAGUGCGGCUGGAUGUUCAGCGCUUUCAGCUGUCGAGGGUCGUUUGGGCCGCUCUUGGUGAAAAGUCUGAGUUCAUUCCCCGCUCCCGCGUCCUCACAAGCCCGUCCCCUCUUUCCCUGCAGAGCCGGGGCCAGGCGGGCGAAUUCCUGGCCCCGCCCCUCACGGCCUGGCGCGCACUGAGAAGGCCCCGCCCUCACGGCGCCGUAGGGCUGCCCCGGAGGUUGCCGCCGGUUCUUUACCGAGGCAGUGUCCGCACGGAUGUUGGUGGAGUAGGCGCCAUGACCGCAUCGGGCCUAGUGGGGCUGCUCGGCAGCGCCUUGGCCACCACGUGGAGGGCUGCAAGACCACCUCUUCUGUGUCAUUCUUUGAGAAAAACAAGUUCUUCUAAAGGAGGCAAGUCUGAACCCACCAAACAAUCCCUUAAGAAGCCAAAGUUACCAGAAGGUCGUUUUGAUGCACCAGAGGGUUCUCAUUUAGAGAAGGAGCCACUAGAAAAAUUUCCAGAUGACGUUAAUCCUGUUACCAAAGAAAAGGGUGGACCCAGGGGCCCAGAACCUACCCGAUAUGGAGAUUGGGAACGAAAAGGACGCUGUAUUGACUUUUAAGUCACAUACUUUAACCUCAGUUAUCUGUUUCUGAAUACAUACAUCUGAAUUAACUUAUUUCUGAUUAUUUAAUUUCUUUACAUCCUUUAAGUCAUCGGAUUUCUACAAUGCAUUUAAAAAUAUAUAU